GAACUACAUUUCCCGGAAACCUUUGCGCACCCCCUCCCGCUCCACAACGCCGGCGUGGCGCAUGGCCUGCCGGGAGCGGACCAGGAGGUAGUGGCUAGGCCCAAUGGGUGCAGGCUCCCGAGGAGAGGGCGGAGGAGAAGAGGCAGGCAGGCGGGCGGUGGGUUGCGUCCCCAUUCAUUGCUGGGGCCUGCUGGGCGGGGGUCCCGCGUUCUCGGAGUCAUGGAGGCGCUAAUCCCGGUCAUCAAUAAGCUGCAGGACGUCUUCAACACAGUAGGCGCCGACAUCAUUCAGCUGCCUCAGAUCGUCGUGGUGGGAACGCAGAGCAGUGGAAAGAGCUCAGUUCUAGAAAGCCUAGUGGGAAGGGACCUACUUCCCAGAGGGACAGGCAUUGUCACACGGAGACCCCUCAUUCUGCAGCUGGUCCAUGUUUCAGCAGAAGAUAAACGCAAAACAGCAGGAGAAGAAAAUGGUAAAUUUCAGAAUUGGAGAGUAGAAGCAGAAGAAUGGGGUAAAUUUCUUCACACCAAAAAUAAGCUUUACACGGAUUUUGAUGAAAUUCGACAAGAAAUUGAAAAUGAAACAGAAAGAAUUUCAGGAAAUAAUAAGGGAGUAAGUCCUGAACCAAUUCAUCUUAAGAUUUUUUCACCCAAUGUUGUCAAUUUGACACUUGUGGAUUUGCCAGGAAUGACUAAGGUGCCUGUAGGUGAUCAGCCUAAGGAUAUUGAGCUUCAAAUCAGAGAGCUCAUCCUUCGGUUCAUCAGUAAUCCCAAUUCCAUUAUCCUUGCUGUCACUGCUGCAAAUACAGAUAUGGCAACGUCAGAGGCGCUGAAAAUUUCCAGAGAGGUAGAUCCUGAUGGUCGCAGAACUCUAGCUGUUAUUACCAAACUUGAUCUCAUGGAUGCGGGUACUGACGCCAUGGAUGUACUGAUGGGAAGGGUUAUUCCUGUCAAGCUUGGGAUAAUUGGAGUAGUUAACAGGAGCCAGCUAGAUAUCAACAAUAAGAAGAGUGUAACUGAUUCAAUCCGGGAUGAAUACGCUUUUCUUCAAAAGAAAUACCCAUCUCUGGCUAACAGAAAUGGAACGAAAUAUCUUGCUCGGACUCUGAAUAGGUUACUUAUGCAUCACAUCAGAGAUUGUUUACCAGAACUGAAGACAAGGAUCAAUGUUCUAGCUGCUCAGUAUCAGUCCCUCCUGAAUAGCUAUGGUGAACCUGUGGAUGAUAAAAGUGCUACUUUACUCCAGCUCAUUACCAAAUUUGCUACAGAAUAUUGUAACACUAUUGAAGGAACUGCAAAGUACAUUGAAACUUCUGAGCUAUGCGGGGGUGCUAGAAUUUGUUAUAUUUUCCAUGAGACUUUUGGGCGAACCUUAGAAUCUGUUGACCCACUAGGUGGCCUUAACACUAUUGACAUUUUGACUGCCAUCAGAAAUGCUACUGGUCCCCGUCCUGCUUUAUUUGUGCCUGAGGUUUCAUUUGAGUUACUGGUCAAAAGGCAAAUCAAACGUCUAGAAGAGCCCAGCCUCCGUUGUGUAGAACUAGUUCAUGAGGAAAUGCAAAGGAUCAUUCAGCAUUGCAGUAAUUACAGUACACAGGAAUUGCUACGGUUUCCUAAACUUCAUGAUGCCAUAGUUGAAGUAGUGACUUGUCUUCUUCGUAAAAGGUUGCCUGUUACAAAUGAAAUGGUCCAUAAUUUAGUGGCAAUUGAAUUAGCUUAUAUCAACACAAAACAUCCAGACUUUGCUGAUGCUUGUGGGCUAAUGAACAAUAAUAUAGAGGAACAAAGAAGAAACAGGCUAGCAAGAGAACUACCGCCAGCUGUAUCAAGAGACAAGUCUUGUAAAGUUCCAAGUGCUUUGGCACCUGCCUCCCAGGAGCCCUCCCCUGCUGCUUCUGCUGAGGCUGAUGGCAAGUUAAUUCAGGACAGCAGAAGAGAAACUAAAAAUGUUGCAUCUGCAGGUGGUGGAGUUGGAGAUGGUGGUCAAGAACCAGCAACAGGCAACUGGAGAGGAAUGCUGAAAACCUCAAAAGCUGAAGAGUUGCUAGCUGAAGAAAAAUCAAAACCAAUUCCAAUUAUGCCAGCCAGUCCACAGAAAGGCCAUGCUGUCAACUUGCUGGAUGUGCCAGUUCCAGUUGCACGAAAACUGUCUGCCCGUGAGCAGCGAGAUUGUGAGGUUAUUGAAAGACUCAUCAAAUCAUAUUUUCUAAUUGUCAGAAAGAAUAUUCAAGACAGUGUACCAAAGGCAGUAAUGCAUUUUUUGGUUAAUCAUGUGAAAGAUACUCUGCAGAGUGAGUUAGUGGGACAGUUGUACAAAUCAUCCUUAUUGGAAGACCUUCUGACUGAAUCUGAGGACAUGGCCCAACGCAGAAAAGAAGCAGCUGAUAUGCUAAAGGCAUUACAAGGAGCCAGUCAAAUUAUUGCUGAAAUCCGAGAGACCCAUCUUUGGUGAAGAGAACUGUUUAAUACCAAGAGUUUGUUGAUUUGGAACCUGCUAGCUACUGCCUACCUGAGUAGAUUUUUAUUUAUGAAUUCUUGUAUAUUGCAGUGGUUUGAAUUUGCUCAUGUGAAGAUUAGCUAUAAACUGAAAAGUAUACUCUUCAUUACGGAACAAAUCACCCAUUUAAUACAAAUAAUAAAUUGCUGUUUUUAAAGUCUCCCAGCAUACAUGUAUAUCAAGUCUGUCUGAGUUUCAGUUGAACUUACAAAGAACUGUUCAUGAUCCAGCUGUCCACAGUUGCUGUGGACACAAUGACUUGUGUAGUCUUUGUUAGCAGCCUUAAAGCUGAUGCCUGGAAGCACCAUGACAUUUCAUGACUAUAAUGCAUGCACUAUAGAAACUGGCCUGGUUGUGAAAUCUUGGCAAGUUCCUCACAUAAUCAAUGUGCCUAUCUAUCCUUCAGUUUAUAGUUUCUUUAAAAAAAAAAAAAAGAAAAAUCUCUGCAGUCUUUGCUGUUGUUACUAAGAAAACUAAGUGCACAAGAGGA